CACCGCUGUUGUAUAAAUUAUUUAAUUAGCUAUAAAUUGUGCAUUAAUUAACCUGAUAAUUUGCGAUUAAUGAAGUAUAAACCAUUUUGACUCGAUGUUCAAAACUACGCUUUUACGUUUGAAUUUCCUUUUACGAUGUAGUGCAUAGUUAGCCAUAUUACUUUGGUAGAAAUUAACUGAUUGAAACUCUUUUCAGUUAUACUAGUCUUUCAUCUUCUGAUUUUGCGUCUUAAAAAUUGAACUGGUUCCCAAUCCUAAGGUAUAAGCAGUAAGGAAUUAGACAAAGGUGCGAUAGCAUUGAUACAACAAAGAAUUUGUUGAACUACUGAAAUUCUUGAAGUACUCAUAGUGUACGAAAAAUAAAAUGCUUAAAGCCUUCACAUCGGUAUGAAUUGUUUAGGAAGUCUUUAAAUUUUACUUAGUGUAUUAAGUGUGUUUAUUGUUACUAGAAUUGGCAUAGAACUCAUCAUUCAAAAGCGAUGGUAUUUUCCGAAAUGUUUUGGCUAAAGUUGACAGGCUGUGAAUUUGUACCACACACCCGACACUUUGUGUGGACGAAUAAAGUGUAUUGGAUAAGUUCAAGUUGAAGAAUCGUUAGAAGUUAUUUUAUACACUUGAUUCAUCUACAAAACGGACAGAAAGUGUUGAACCCGUUGCAAGAUUAUGGCCGGAUAACUUCCAUAAGUAUUUGUGAUCAUACCUUACAAUCAUGCUUUGACGUGUCUGUCUUUCAUACAUUGAUUUAGGUGAGAAAAUCGACUCCACAAAUUAAUAUUUCGAUGAAUGACCUUGAGCAAAACUUUUAGUAAGACAGACAUGUGUGUGGAACUUAUUAGUCUAAAAUUCAAUCGAUAAAAUCCAAAUCACAUGUUUUGGUUCUUUAUCAUUACAAGUUAGAAUUCUGACCACGUGAUUACAUCAGGAUGGUAACGGGGUUGAUUUUUAGUCCACUCAUAUGAUAAACUUGUUGGGAAGGCACAAGCAUAUAAAACUCGGAAUGUUUUCAUGGUGAAUGUAUCGACUUGAAACCUCAGAAAAUAGAAACCAAUCAAAGAUCACACCAAUAUACAUCCUGGUCCGCUUGUUCACGAACGAAUGGGAUUGGUACACGUUAUCGUACACGAAAAUGCUCUAAUAGGUUAGUGACAUUGAAUAACUUCCUAUAUAGACAAAUGUAUACUUUGAAGAAAGUAUAGUAUGGAAGUUUUUCCCAACAAAUACGUAUUAUCAGUAUGGGGUUGUGGAGAUUACUAAGUUUUUGAUUGAGAUCAUGAAUCUAUUGAUGUUAGACCACCAUUGAAAACUUGGGAGCUCUGGACGACCGUUUCAUCCUAUUAUGGGACCUUUCAACAGUGCAAAUACGUAUUAUAUAAAUCAAAACAAAUGUGAAUUCAAUGAUAACGAGAGUAUGAUUGAAUAUGAACUGUGCGGUAAAAACACAAACGAAGAUCAUUUAAAAUCUAUAGAUUAUCGAGAAGAACAAUGUUCACGAUUUGAUCAAUUUAAGUUAAGAGGAAUAUAUCAUAAGUGGUUACCUUAUAUUUAUUCUCAAAGACCAUGUAGUUUAAGUUGUUAUUCAUUACAAAAUGGUCAAAUUCUUGAUGCAUCAAUGUCAGUUAGAGAUUCAACACCAUGUACAUAUGAUAAUCCUGAUGCACGUUGUAUACAAUCAGUUUGUAUUAAUUUCGAUUGCCUUGGUCAGGUGAAUGGCACAGCUAGAAGAGAUCAAUGUGGAGUUUGUCAGGGGAAUAAUUCAACUUGUAGUUUUAUACAACAUAGAAUUCAACGAGUUCUUCCAAUGAAUGAAGAAUAUCGUAUGUUAUACGUGAUUCCACGAUAUGCAAGACAUUUAAAAAUUUCAAAGAAUUAUGGUAAUCAUGUAUUAGGCCUAUUCGACAUGCAACAUUUCCAAUUCUUUCUAAAAGGUGAUGAAUUAGAACUGGGUACGAAAUUAAGACGUGUUUAUUUUGCAACAGAGUUUGUAUUUGAUCCAGGGAAUCCAAUGAGUAAUUCACCCGACAGUUUUGUUCAAAUUCACACAAAAGGAACAAUUUAUGGGGAUGUUGCUAUUCAAGCCAGAAAUCUAAAUAUUAAUGAAGAUCUCGAUCCCUUAGAUGUGGAAAUAAGCUAUGUCCUACCAUUAAGUAAUGAUCUCUAACUCCUGGAAAUUGUUAACAAAGCUGCAAAUAUACUUAAAUAUUAUUUCAGAAGUAGAAAAAUAUAACAAAAUAUCUUUUGGUCAUUUGUAGACCAACGUUUGAUACAUUACAAUUAUUAUUGCGAUAUGUACAACGUGGAUAAUCUAGUCUUUUAAAGUACACAUUAUUCAAAUAAACUUUUCCAUACUGGUAUCAGAAGGGGUUUUGUGGAGAUUGUAGUAGUUUCAAUAGUUGAGAUCAUGAGUCGAU